AUGUCGAUCAGUUCCUAUAUCCUUUCAGGCAUCAGCUCCUUUGUGGUGGUAACGUUGUCACUUUUUGCACUCGGUCAAAAAGUGCCCCGAGCCGCCUUUGUUGCCCGCUGUCUUGCUGCAUAUGGCUCCCUGCUCCUAUGCGCAACCUACGGUGUCAUUGCAUCGAUCAUUCUCCGCUUGGUCGGCUACGGUCGUAUCUCACAAUGGGCCACCGCCCGGAGCUUUAAGUGGGUGAUGCGCUACACCACCGGUGUCAGGUUUGAUAUUGUCGAGGGCCAAGAACACCUCACCACGCGGCCGGCCAUUUUCAUUGGCAACCAUCAGACUGAGCUGGACGUCCUCAUGCUCGGCGCGAUCUUCCCUCCGUACUGCAGUGUCACCGCAAAGAAGUCUCUACGUAACGUGCCCUUCCUUGGCUGGUUUAUGUCCCUUUCUCGUACCGUGUUUAUCGAUCGUGCCAACCGUGAGAAUGCGAUGAAAGCCUUUGAUGGUGCCGUGGAGGAGAUGCACAAGCAUCGCCAGAGUGUCUUCAUCUUCCCGGAGGGGACACGGAGUUAUUCUGAUCAGCCCACUCUGCUGCCAUUCAAGAAGGGGGCUUUUCAUCUGGCUGUCAAGGCCGGUGUGCCUAUUGUGCCAGUCGUUACCGAAAACUAUUCGCAUGUGAUGUCGCCUCGUAAUCUGCGGUUCAAUGCAGGCACUAUCAAAGUCAAGGUGCUUCCUCCAAUUUUGACUAAAGAUUUGACCUCUGCCGAUGUGGACCAACUCACUCUGUCUACUCGCGAGUCCAUGCUCCAAACAAUCAAGGACAUGGCCGAGGCCCAGGGAAACAAGGUUGAGGAGUCAUCGCGCCCCAAUGGCGUUUCAACUGCUAUCGAGAUUUAA